ACAGAUCUCAUUCUGACCUUUAAUAUCUCAAUGCAUCGUUCUUGGUGGAUGGAGAAUGGACCGGGCUGCACCGUGACCUCAGUAACCCCAGCCCCAGACUGGGCACCAGAGGAUCAUCGUUAUAUCACUGUCUCGGGUUGUUUUCUUGAAUAUCAGUACAUAGAAGUGGCUCACAGUUCUCUUCAGAUCUUCCUAGCA